AUGUCUCUCCCACUGCCCGAGCUAUACCAUCGCGUUUUGCUUAACACCACGAAAGUAUCUAAUCUGCCUGCGAUAGAAGACGAAACACAGGACUUAGUCACGGAAUGCUUGAACGAUCUCAAGAGCCUUCAUGCCCGUAUCACCGAGCUGGGGAUGUUCAGCCCCAACGAGACACUUGACGACAUCUCAACGCGCGACCUAGUCUACCUCACCGUUCCGUACGUCUUCGCCGAAGUCCAAGGACGAGUGCGGACAACGGAACGCGUUGAUCGAUUGAAGUCCCUCAUCCAAGCAGAGAAAUACGUCCAGAACUUCGUGUCGCUGCUGGAGAAGUACAACGUGGUUCCGGAGGACGAGCAGGCUCUGUAUCAGCGGAAAACGGCGGAGGUUCCGGAUUUCUCGAGAAAGAGAGAGCUCAAGAUUAAUCAGUAUAAGAAAGAGAAGGAGCUGAAGAACAGGAUCGAGGCAGUACGCAAACGCACAGGCCAACGUGCAACAUCUGAUGAAGCCUCCUCCGACUUCGAGCUCAUCGCCUCCCUCCUUCCCGCACAAUCGUCUCAAGUUCCGAAGCCCGAUGAUGACCUAGAAUCUUCGACCGAUGAGAUCCUUCGGGAGACAAUCACCUUGCUACUCCGACUGUUCUACGCACAUGCGAGCUCACAGCUCCAGAGUAUGCAGCAAGAGCUGGAGCUUCUCCGAAACGCGCCUCCGAGCCCGAUCACGGGCCCAGAGGACUUGGUCAAAGGGGAACAUGACCAUAGGCACAAGAGGCGGAAGUCGGAGGAGAAUGCUUGGAAACUGGAUAUCCCCGUUCCUGGUGGGCCUGAUGGAAAAGGACCACUAUUGGAUCCUACCGGGAAGCCUCUUCGACCUUUCACAAUCCUACCUUCAGACGCUGGUGAACGUGCUCGCCUGCAGACGCAGGUCUUUGGGUCUGGUCAUAACCUGCCAACGAUGUCGAUCGACGAAUAUCUCGAGAUAGAGCGCCAUAGAGGCAAUAUCAUUACUGGCGGAGGCUCUGCCUCACAAGCUAAACCAACGUCCUCGGAGCAGCUGGCAAUUGAUUCGGAGAUGGACGGGACGCUGGAAGGUGAGAUGAAGGAAGAAGAAAAGCGACAGAAAGACGAGAAGUGGGCGAGGUAUACUGAUGACAACCCCCGUGGUGCUGGAAAUACAAUGAAUAGGGGUUGA